AAACAAAUAAACAUUACUUUCUAGCAACAUUAGCAGACUGCUAGCGAAAUGGUCGGCUCUAAAACGAUUUGUUCGUUACUUAUGCUGAUGGCUUUUACUUUGCCAUCCGCGAAAACUCUAAGAGAUUUAUCAGUUGAAGACUCAAAGCCGAAUGUUGGAACGGGUGAAAUCAUAGACGUGGAUCCAACAAAACCUAAGUAUCAUGUGAUGGCAGAACAAUCAUUAAUACAAUAUGAAGAACAAAAUAACCUGAAUCAAGGUUACGUGGUUUUUAGGGUGAUGAAAGUAACAGAACAAGUUGUCUCUGGUCUUCUGACCAGAAUAGACUUCCUCGCCAUACUACGACUCUGUAAGCAAGGAUCUCAGCACAGAACUUCCAAUUGUCAAGUCCACUACCCCGGUAGUACGUUAUUAUGUUAUUCAGAAAUAUGGGAUCAAAACUGGUUGCACAGAAGAGAAACCACUGUUACAUGUGAGCCUCCACUAACUGGUGGUAGCUAGUUUGACGUUGUUACAACAGAAUUAGUUAUUUUCUUUCAAUGUCUCCAUGUAUUAAAUAUAAAUACAGACCAUCUUACUUUGAAAUUCAAUAAAACAAAAAUUUUGAAAUCUUAAUAA